GCCGCCGCCGCUGAGCGCGGGCAGUCCAGCCGAGCCGCCGUGUCGCAUGUUCGGUGACGUUCUCCAACUCGACUGGAAAGGUCUCCGAUGCCGAGGCCUAGCGAGCUCUGUAGCCGCUCCUCUGAUCCGGUUCCAGCAGAUGAACACGGUGCCGAACCCGUCCUGAGCGGGCCCGGUUCUACACGGCGCGGUCGGCCCGGAGAGUGAAGUGACUGGAAGCGGAGCGGAGCGGCGGAACCGAGGCUGGGGAAGAUGACAUCCCGGAGGUGGUUCCACCCCAAUAUUACUGGAGUGGAGGCAGAGAACCUCCUCCUGACCCGCGGAGUGGACGGGAGCUUUCUGGCCCGACCCAGCAAGAGCAACCCCGGCGACUUCACCCUGUCCGUCAGGCGAAAUGGUGCCGUGACCCACAUUAAGAUCCAGAACACGGGGGAUUACUAUGACCUGUACGGCGGGGAGAAGUUCGCCACGCUGGCUGAGCUGGUGCAGUACUACAUGGAGCACCACGGCCAGCUGAAGGAGAAGAACGGAGACGUCAUCGAGCUGAAGUACCCUCUCAACUGUGCGGACCCCACUUCAGAGAGGUGGUUCCACGGGCAUCUCUCGGGUCGGGAGGCGGAGAAGCUGCUGACGGAGAAAGGGAAGAACGGCAGCUUCCUGGUGAGAGAAAGCCAAAGUCAUCCUGGAGAUUUUGUUCUCUCCGUCCGUACCGGCGACGACAAGACAGACAGCAGCGACAGCAAACCCAAAGUCACCCACGUGAUGAUCCGCUGCCAGCAUGAUCUGAAGUAUGAUGUUGGUGGUGGGGAGAAGUUCGACUCUCUGACGGACCUGGUGGAACACUAUAAGAAGAACCCGAUGGUGGAAACGCUGGGCACAGUGCUGCAGCUCAAACAGCCUCUGAACACUACACGCAUUAACGCCGCUGAGAUCGAGAGCAGAGUGCGGGAGCUCAGCAAGCUUGCUGAAGCAACCGAUAAAGUCAAGCAGGGCUUCUGGGAAGAGUUUGAGACUCUCCAGCAGCAGGAGUGUAAGCUGCUCUACAGCCGUAAGGAGGGUCAACGUCCAGAAAACAAGAACAAGAACAGAUACAAAAACAUUCUGCCCUUCGAUCACACACGAGUGGUUCUGAAUGAUGGAGACAUGAACGAGCCGGGCUCCGACUACAUCAACGCCAACAUCAUCAUGGUACCGGAGCUGGAGGCGAAGUGCAACAACGCCAGGUUAAAGAAGAGCUACAUCGCCACGCAGGGCUGCCUGCAGAACACCAUCAGCGACUUCUGGAGGAUGGUGUUCCAGGAGAACUCCAGAGUCAUUGUGAUGACCACUAAAGAGGUUGAACGUGGGAAGAGUAAAUGUGUGAAGUACUGGCCGGACGUGUCGGCGCUGAAAGAGUACGGGGCCAUGCGCGUGAGAAACGUUAAAGAGACGUCGGCCCACGAUUACAUCCUCAGAGAAUUAAAGCUUUCUAAAGUCGGACAGGGGAAUACGGAGCGCACCGUGUGGCAGUACCACUUCCGUGCCUGGCCAGACCACGGCGUGCCCACAGACCCCGGCGGCGUGCUGGACUUCCUGGAGGAGGUGAAGCUGAAGCAGGAGGGCAUCCUGGAGGCGGGUCCCAUCGUAGUGCACUGCAGUGCUGGAAUUGGACGAACAGGAACGUUUAUCGUGAUCGACAUUUUAAUAGACAUCAUCAGAGAAAAGGGAGUGGACUGUGAUAUCGACGUACCAAAGACCAUUCAGAUGGUGCGUUCUCAGCGCUCAGGAAUGGUCCAGACCGAGGCUCAGUACCGCUUUAUCUACAUGGCAGUUCAGCAUUACAUAGAGACGCUGCAGCGCCGCAUAGAGGAAGAACAGAAAAGUAAAAUUAAAGGGCGAGAGUACACCAACAUCAAGUACUCCCUGUCGGAUCUGACCGGAGGAGAUCAGAGCCCCCUGCCCCCCUGCACCCCUACGCCAACCUGUGCCGACAUGCGGGAGGACAGCGCCAGAGUGUAUGAGAACGUGGGUCUGAUGCAGCAGCAGAAGAGUCACAGAUGAGACUCAGACUUCAGCACUGUCCAGCUCACAGGAACCAUGUUUUUGUUUUCGCCAGCCGCACCUGAAUGCCUGAAAUGUGAUCAUUGCUACACGGAAAGACAAACGAUUACCCCGAAAACAUUCAAAUAAAAAGGAGGAAAAAUAAACGGAAGAGGAGAGCAGUCUGUGAGGGCUCAGGAAUCGCUCGGAUGGAGUUAACGUCAUUUCUCCUCCCUGUAACGUAGCCUUUUAACCCCCUGCUAAGAAACCACUGUGAACAUCAUGAAGCCUUAUUCCUGAGAACGGAGAACAGAGCGAGAGCGCCCCCUACCUAACGAACUGCUCAGCUACGGAAUUCUCCGCCAUCGAUCCAGGCUACGAUUAGGAACGUGUAAAGUGUCUCGUUUCUUGUUGUCUCUUUUUUUUCUUCAUGUGUCUUUAAGUGUUUUUCUUUUCUCCUGUUCUUGAGAUUCGUUUUGUUGCUAAUUUUUGUUUUCUUUUACCAAAGGAAGAUUAUUAUUGUAGAGUUAUGAUGAGAAGCAUUAAGGUUAGAGAUAUAUUUGUUUGCGUAAAAAAACGGCUGCAUUGUUAACGUAACGGUUCCCGUACUUGCCUGAAAAUGUGCUAAUUGUAGUACUGGAGGCUUCCACUAGAGGCCUCCACCUGCCAGAGCAGCAAAACACAUCAUACAAAUGUAAGUAGCAGCCCUUCAAAAUGUUUCAUUGCAUUAAUACGGGAGAGUGCUGCACUGCCCCCUAGCGUUUUUGUGUGUACUGCACUUCACAUAUACAUUGCAAUAAUACUGCUCACUGCUGCACUGCCCCCUAGCAUUAUGGUGUGUACUGCACCUGACACAUGCGUUGCGUUAACGCGUCCGAGUGCUGCACUGCCCCUAGCAUAUGCCUUGUUUUAAUUUGGUGGAUUGCAGCACUGCCCCCUAGCAUUAGUGUGUGCAUUGCACCUCACGUUUGCGUCGUGUUAAUUUAGCAGAGCCCUGCACUGCCCCCUAGCAUUAUUGUGUGUAGUGCACCUCAUGUAUGUAUUGCGUUAUUGAGGCAGAGUGCUGCACUGCCCCCUAGCAUUAUUGUGUGUAUUGCACCAUACAUAUGCAUACGAUUAAUUCGGCUGAGUGCUUUAUUGUGUUUACUACGCCUCACGUAUGUACCAUGUUAAUUUGUCUGAGUGCUGCACUGCCCCCUAGCAUUAUUGGGUGUACUGCAUCUCGCCUAUACAUUGCAUUAAUACGGCUCACUGCUGCACUGCCCCCUAGCAUUAUUGUGUGUAUUGCACCUCACAUAUGUGUCGCAUUAAUGUGCCCGAAUGCAACACUGCUCCUUUUUUGUGUACUGCACCUCGCCUACACUAAAUGUUAUUGAGGCUGAGUGCAGCACUGCCCCCUAGCAUUAUUGUGUGUACUGCACCUUGUGUAGUGUCACGUUAACUUCUUAAAGAUGCGCACAACUCACGCAGUAAAUGGUUGCAGCCAUUAUACGAUGCAAACGUGUAGUUAUAAACAGGAUGUCUAUCUUUAGCCCAAGUCUGAUCUUUCUCUUUAAGGAAACCGGCGGCCCGUGCCAAACAGACAUGCCUCAGUUAGUCGUUCUUAUCGUUCACGUAAGCCUUUUUUUCUCUGAACAGUCCGGACGCUGGCGGGGGCGGGGCGUAAGAGACCCUCCUCACAGGUAAAGGGAUGCAGCGUACGUAAACUUUAGAGCAGAGUUCAGCGAGAGAGCGAGCAGUCUAUAAACCCGUUACCGUCUGCUGUCUGUUCACUAUUUAUUCGCUGUUUUUUUUUCGCUGUUGUCUCGCAGAUGUUUGUUCGUUCCACCUUCAGCGAUUUGACCGACUCAAACCAGGGAUGCCUUUCAUUUCCCCUCGUGAUCAGUGCGCACGAGUGUGUAGGAGUGUAUACGAGUGUGUGGCUCUGCCUCGGUGUACUGGUGUUUUACGGGGUGGUACAGGGGUGUGUUCGGAGCAGCAGACAAUCUCACGUUGUUUUUUCGUCCCUUGUCAGAAAUUAGAUAAAUAAAUUCAGAAAUAGAGAAAAGUCCCGAAUGAAGGAAUCUCGGGACUGUACGUUUUUUUAAAGGAAGGCCUUCGUUUUUUGUUUUUUCUUUCUUUGUUUUGUAUUUUGUGCUUUUUUUUGUCUUUUUAAAACCUAAUUAAUUAAAUUUCUACAUUUGUUCCCAUCAUUCAAACCAGUGUGAUUGUGUCAAAGUUACUAAAGCAUUACUGUGCGCCUAAAACACGCCACCCGGCCGGCCUCGCUGAUGCUGCCUGGCCACUGUGACUUUUUACGCUUUUUUUUUUUUUUUUUAACAAUACGCUGUUGCCUUUUCUUUUUUUAUUUUUUUAAAUGUAUUAAAAAAACACCACGUGAACUUAAUUUUUGAAUCGCUGUCUGAGAGGGAGUGACUGCACACUAACAUGAAACGUGAUUGAUGAUGAUGGAUGAUGAUGAUGAUGAUAUUAUUGCUGUUGUGAGUGUCAGUUCUUAUGCUGCCUUCAGGUUCAUUUCAGAACUUCAGUAUUUAUGACUUUAAAGCUCAUAAGUGUAAAAUAAUUUCUGUUUAAGUGUUUUUUUUU